AUGAAUAAUCAUCCCAAUCCCUUUACGCCUUCUUUAAACAUUCAAACAAAUCUCUUGCGCACUGAACAACCAAAUCCUGUGAUUCAAAUAUUUGAACCAGGGGUGUAUAUUCCAUUAGAAAAUCUAAAUUUAUACGAUUCCACCUAUAACAAUUCCUUUAUAUCUAUUCAAAAUGAUAGAGGCUAUCACUCUGAUUCACAAUUACCAUCAACUGAUCCAGUUGAUGUUGAUAAUGGUUAUCUUUCGGAUUCUCAAUAUAUUACUCCACAGCUUCCAUAUGAUUUUUUCUCCAUUAAUUCACAGUUGUUGCAGACAUCAAGCAAUGAAACAAAUGAUGAUUUUAGCGAUUAUCUUUCGGACAAUUAUGAAAGUUCAUUAAGCGCUUCUCCACAAUCUCCAUAUCCCUUUUAUAGUAAUAUUAACGCAAUCAGGCCUUUGGAACUUGAUUCUCAACCGGUUCGUAGAGAACGCAGAAAGAAAUAUGUUACAACUGCAUGUUCAAAUUGCAGAGCUUCACAUGCCAAGUGUUCAAAUGAUUUUCCUUGUGAGAGAUGUAAAGAAAAAGGAAUUAGUGAUUCGUGCAAGUUUACUGAAAAUAAAAGGCGAGGUAGAAAACCACGCUCUACACCUUCCACACCAGAACCAACGACUCCUGAUAGUUUUUAUGUGAGAAAUAACGCUAAUACCUUGAACAUUUAUGAACAAUUUACAAAUUCCAUGAAUUAG